AGUACCUUCUCGUGAAAAAGUUCAAACUCGACCGCAAUCCCAUACUCCCACACCAGCAAGGGCUGCAGCUAUGGCUUCAGCUCGCAUUGCUCCGCAGCCCGCAGUUCCGAAGCAACAAUCUCCACCCCGUUUGGCCUCUCAGCCAACAGGCCAAACAUCUUCACAGCCCCCUUCUCCAUCACGUAGAGCCACCCAAGUGCAAACCUUGUCUCCACCGAGAAGAUCAACAAUGGCUACACAAGUAGCGUCUCAGCCACCAAGUUCUACUCAACCCACUUUUAAACCAUUUGGUGUUGCUGUAAAGCCUUCAGAGGAAUCAAACCAACUAAAAGAUGCUGCACCAAUAACUGCUGCGGCUAAAGAAAAGCCUAAGGAAAUGGAAAUAAGAAAGAAGGUAGGUGAAGAACGCAGGAAAGGUACAAAAAAGGGUUCAACACAUGAAGAGCCAACAACAGUCACUACUAAACUUGUUGCGGCAGCAAGCGAAGCUGGGACGAAAACCAGAGAGCUACUGGGGGCUGUACUGGAAAAAGGAAAAGGACACCUGGAAAAGCAAGAAGAUACUGAAAGAAAGAAUACAUUAACAAGCUCAAGCAGUGAUGAAAGGCAAAUCAAAACAGUGAGUUCAACGUAUCCAAAAGGUGGUAGCAGGCCCAGUAAUUCUCAUGAAACGAAUGUUGAUUCUAAAUCGGAGCAAGUUCCCCUCCACAAAGAGAUAAGGGAAGAUAUCUCCAAGUUUGUUCAUGCACUUGUCACUGGGAAACCAAAGCUGCAUACAGAUGAAAAAUCGGUGAAUGUUGUAAUGCUAGCUGGAGAAAAUAGUGGAGCAUCUUUUCGCUGCAUCUCAGAAUCUACCACAAAGGAUGGGGAAGGAAGGUCUAAGGGAAGAAAGCCUGUGGGUUCAGUGAUCAAAGAUGAUGUGGCACAAAAAGCAUAUGUGAAUAGUAACACACAAAGCAUCAAUAAUUCAAUUAUGUUGGAAAGUCGUCUGGAGGGAAGAAAUCCCGGCGUUCAUCUGGGGUUUUUCGAUGAUGCAAAGGAGCUGCGCCAGAAGCAUUCUUCAAUGGCUGGAAAGAGCAAGGUUUUAGUCAUUGGAGGCACUGGGUACAUCGGAAAGUUCAUUGUUGAAGCCAGUGUGAAAGAGGGUCAUCCCACUUUUGCUUUAGUAAGAGAGGGUUCAGUUUCAGACCCAGUUAAGGGAAAGGUUAUUAACAAUUUCAAGAACUUAGGGGUUCAUCUGUUGUAUGGGGAUCUUUACGAUCAUGAGAGUCUGGUUAAGGCAAUAAAGCAAGCUGAUGUGGUGAUAUCCGCGGUAGGUUCGAUGCAGUUAGCAGAUCAAGUUAAGAUCAUUGCUGCCAUUAAAGAAGCUGGGAAUGUGAAGAGGUUUUUCCCAUCGGAAUUCGGAAAUGAUGUGGACCGGGUCCAUGCUGUUGAGCCAGCUAAAACAGCAUUUGCAACCAAGGCUCAAAUCCGGCGUGCUAUUGAGGCUGAGGGAAUCCCCUACACCUAUGUGUCCAGUAACUGCUUUGCAGGCUAUUUUCUUCCUGAUUUGUCACAGCCAGGAGCCACUAUUCCCCCAAGAGACAAGGUGGUGAUCCCAGGCGAUGGAGAUCCUAAAGCUGUUUUCAACCAUGAAAGUGAUAUUGGAACAUACACAAUCAAAGCUGUUGAUGACCCCAGAACAUUGAAUAAGAUCCUAUACAUUAGGCCUCCUAAAAACACCUAUUCAUUUAAUGAGAUCGUUGCCUUGUGGGAGAAAUUGAUUGGCAAAACCCUUGAGAAAACAUAUGUUCCAGAGGACCAACUUCUCAAACAGAUCAAAGAGGCUACAUUUCCAUACAGUGUUGGAUUGGCAAUCAGACAUUCAGUCUUUGUGAGGGGUGAUCAUACCAACUUUGAGAUCGAACCGUCAUUCGGAGUUGAGGCUUCUGAGCUGUACCCUGAUGUGAAAUAUACCACUGUGGAGGAAUAUCUGAGCCGUUUGGUUUGAGAAAGAAAAUGAAUCAUAUGCUCCUUGUUAUUAAACUAAUAUUAGCAAUAAUCGAGAAACUAUCACCGACUGGUAUAUGCGUGUAUGCGUAAGUUUCUUGUUAUCAUUCAGCAGAAUGUGAACCUUACUGUUCUAAAUUACUAUAUAACAUAUGAAGAGAAUCUGUUUGCCUA